AUGUUCAAGCCCAGAUUACGGAUACCAAGGAGGGCGGGCGCCGCGAGGCUGUCCCCAGCAGCCCCCCGACCCUCGCCGUCGUCACCGUUCGUCGUGCCCGCGAGACAACAGCAGCAACAGCAGAGGUCCCUACACGCCUCGCCGGCGCGGCGCCUGCACACGGUCGCCCCCUUGACCGACGAUGCCAGGUUCGAGCGCGAUGGCGUUCCGGGUCUGAUGUCGCCCGAGAGCUUCGAUAUCGCAUACACCAACUACCAGGGCUGGGUGCUGGAGAAGCUGAACCAGAUGACAGCAGGUAUUGCCCCCAUGAUCCCUUACCUCACGCUGUCGUGGCAGCCAUCGCGGCAUUGUCGACGCCAUUGCACCCCGUUCGACGACAAGAGCACCAAAGAGACGCUCGUCGCGACGGCCCGCGAGCCGCACCUGGCGGCCACCUUCAACUACGCGUCCAUGGCGCACAACAACCACUUCUUCUUCAGCGGGCUGUCCAAGACCGGCGGCGCCGACAAGACCGAGCACAUGUCGGACGACCUCCGGGCCUACCUGGAGCGGUCCUUCGGCAGCCUCGAGAGCCUGCGGCGCGAGCUCAUCAUGACGGCCGACGCCAUGUUCGGCCCGGGGUUCGUCUGGCUCGUGCAGCAGAUGGACGGCCCCGGCGCCGUCGCGCGACCCUUCAAGGUCCUCACGACGUACCAGGCGGGGAGCCCGUACCCGACCGCCCACUGGCGCAGCCAGGGCAUCGACAUGAACAACCACGGCGGCGCCAGGGAGGGCGGCGCCGUCAUCAAGGAGUACUUUGACCGGCAGAACGUCGGCAACCUGCGCGAGCCGAUCCACGGGAGCGGCGGCGCCUCCGACCUCAACGUCAGGCUCAACAGGAUCCCGCCGGGGGGCACCACCGUCGUGCCCGUGCUGUGCGUCAACACGUGGGAGCACGUCUGGAUGUGGGACUACGGCGUCGGCGGCAAGGCCGACUUCGUCCAGAACUGGUGGAACAUCAUCGACUGGGGCAGGGUGCAGGAGCUGUCCCGCAUGGACACGAGCCGCCCGAUGAGCACGACCCCAAAGGUCGGCGCCGGCCCUGCCAUUGGGCGGGUGCCUGAGCCCGCCCCGGGCGCUGCUGCGGAGAGCACGUUGGGUGGACCUCAGUAG